AUGUCUUUCUCACUUUGAACCUCUGGAUCCUACAUGGUCUUGCAUUGAAACUAUUUAGAUAUAUUUAUAUUACAACCAACUUCUCUUAUCGUGUUUUUUCCCACGGAUCCAGCUGUGAUGUCCUGCGACUGACAUGCAACUUCCGUCCAGACCACCAAACCGGUCCGAUGGCUCGACCGCAGUAACGGCGACACAGGGGAGCGGAGGAGAUCCACCACCCGUCGGUGCCGCUGGAGCCUCAGCUCAAACCUCCCGUUCAGACAACUGCGGCGAGCGCAGCUUCGGCCACCCCGAUCCCCCCGGAGGAGGAGAGCCGGACUCGCCGUACAGAACCACCCCCAUCUCCCCUAUCGACAGCCUAGGCGUGUUUCAGACCAGGUCUAUUUUUCACCUCCCUCGCCGUGCCUCCAGUGGAUAUUUCUCCUGCGAAGGCGACUCGCUGCCGAGCUCCCCGCUCUCCCCGAGGCCAUUGACGGCUGACAUAGGCACGCAGACUCCAAGCCACACCAGCCAAAUGGUUAAACACGCCCAAGAGCGCAUGGCUGAGGCGCACGGCAGAGGACCGGGGAUGCACCAGCAGCACGGACACUCUCCCAGACCCUCUAGCUCACGGCCACGAAACGCAGCAAGGGACAUGCAGACAGAGGCAAUCGGGCGAGAACUCCAGCGUAUAGGAGAUGACUACAAUCGUCUCCUACGAAGGAGGGAGGCAGUCAGACCUAGACGGGUUGUCAUCUAUCCGAACCCACUGCCGCACAUCCGCCAAGAGCCCACAAUGCUGUUCUGUGUGGGCCUUCUGCUCCUUCUGAUUGGACGGAUAAUCUACUUGCAAGGCAGUACGAACAGCCAGGACCACUCUCAGGUUUAGCCUUUGGAAAACCCAGCAGACGUAGCAUUUUUCUUCAUCUUCAUGUUGUUGGAUCUUUUGUUUAUGGGGAACUAAUUUUUACCAUCCUUAAUUCCAGUUUCCCAUUUGGUGACGGAGACUUUGGACUUUGUUUAAUUUUGAUGGAGAUAAUUGGUUAACAACUUCAACUUCAAGGAACUCUAAAAUGCCUGGAGCUUUUGCUUUUUCACAGCUGUUUUUCCAUUAUGGUCUCGGAGCCUUACCAAACAGCUGGGAUUUACACUCCUUUCCAGCAUAGAGGCCGCCAUGUCACCUAAAUAUGCCUCCGUGCAAAAUUACGCCUGUGGAAUUUUAAACGUGCCUUGUACAGUUUCCUGUUUACUCUUUUUUAGCUUCUUUUAAGUUGUUUUUGUACAGAGAUUAUGAGUUCUUCAGGCGAUCAACUCUGCCGACCCAGGGUUGUUAAAGUUUGUGGGUCAAGUGCACAAAAUUUCCCCCUAUCUUUUCAUCCUGAAGGUUUCAGGCAGGAAAAAAAUUAUCUUGCACUCCCAUCACAUCAGGAUCCAGCAUGCAACAGACUUGUGACCUGUGUGGGAACAAACUGGACCAAAGUAAUAAUUUUAACCCAACAUUUUUAUCCAACAAUGUUCUGAAACUACUGUGCCAUUUAACGUUUUGUUACAAUGAAUUACAUGUCUGCCUAUGUCUACAUUGUUAGUCAAUAAGAGCCAGCGGUCUGCCAUGCCACACUGUAUUUUUCUCCAACUAAAGCCCCAGUUGGACAGGAUUAAUAUUCCAGGUGGGUAAUAAAAUAUUUGCUGUAGCACCUAAACAUUUUCUGGGUGGCAAAUUACAGUAUGUGAUAUCAUCAUCACCAGCUGAGCUGAUGAAACAACAAAAAAUAAUUUGGACUGUAAAUCGUUUUGUGGUAGGGGAGAAAAAUGUGCUCUGGGCCCAUAAUCCCAUUCAAUAGGAAAAUUACCCAACUUUCCCUAGAUUAAUGAAUCCUGUCCAAAUGCAGUUUAUAAUUGAAUUUGUCUGCAUUGAUGAUUAAGUGUCCAUUUUGUUUUGUGUGUCAUGUUUCAAUACUCUUGGUCAAGUUUUAACUACAGUAGCUCUCCUGUUACCGUUGGCAAAUGGCAAAUAUGUAAUAACGUAAUCUGUAAUGCAAUUUAACAAAAAAAAAAAGACAAACCAUUUUCUUUGAAUUUCUGCUAGUAUGUUUUAUCCACGGAUUUCAUGACUACUUUACAACUUAUUAAACAGCAAUUGGUACACAAUAGACACUAUGACCUCACCCAUUGAUACCAGUAAGAUAAUACUGUACCAACAUUCGAAUAAUUGAUACCAAUCUUCCUCUGUACCGAAAAGACGGUGUGUUUCUGUAACCACUAUAACCAGAUUGAAAGCUGAAGGCAUGUGACUUCCUCUCAGCUCACUAAAAUCUAACUUCAUAAAUUUCCAAGGACUUUAGAAUCGCUUUUAUCACCAAAUGAAAUCACUGUACGUGGAUUCCUAAAAGAUUACAGUUUUUUAAGCAUUAAAGAGUUUCACUUCACUCUUUGCUCUGGUUGUAUUCAGCAUUAAAACAAAGAUUUUGCACAUUGAUCAUCAAAAGCAGGAGUAGAUUACUUAACUUGUCAAUGCAAUAAUACGAUUUGAGUGCUUGUUACUAAGCUGCCCAGUUAGUGGAGUGAAAUACAAAAGCGCAAGUUGAUGAACAAAAUCAAUAAUGAAAUUAUGACAAACAUUUAAACCAUUAAACAGUGUCAUUUGCUGCUGUCUUGUUUACUCAGCCUCUAUCUUCCGCAUUUACAAACCUUACGUUGACUCUGACUUUAAUAUUCAAUGCAUUUUUCUACUGUAACUGAUCAAACAGAACUGUCUUCCAUCGUUCUUUGUGUCAGCCUCUGGAUAUAACAUUAGCAGCCAGACUGAAUUUAGUUGGCAAGUAUUGGUUUGUUGACAAGGUCAUGUUAUCCGUUUAUUAGCACAGUGAUUCAGACCCAGCCAAGUCUCCUUAUGCUUGCCAGGUCAUUAAACACUCUCAGAGAGAGAUUUCUGGACAACAACCAAACACUGAAUCAUGCAGAGUCAAAGAGGGUUUUGUCACUGACUAUUUAGCUAAGUGAUGCAGGCUUCAGAUUAAAUACGUUGAUUGUUAUCUUUGAACUUUUUAGGCUCAUUAAAACACAUCAGUUUGGUUGUCAUGUGAGGAACUACCAAAAGUAGGCCAUGGUUUUUUCAGGUCUUAUGAUUACUAAAAUGCAUAAACAGUGUAAGUGUGAAACCCUUUUCUACAAAACGUAUGAAAUGCCUGCUCUUUUGUAUACAAAUAUAUGGAUUUCUUCUUCUUUGGGGGUUUCAGUUCAGAGUUAACAAUUGCUUUUGUUAACUCUGUUGACUACUUAACAAUGUCAAGCAUAUGAAUAUGCAGUAGUGAAGAAGAAUUAAAAAAAUAAAAACAUAAAAAUAACCCAAGCAUCUUUAAAUACAAGUGCAUACAUGUUCAGCAUGAACGAUGCGUCCCACAUAGAAGCAAGGGAAGUGGAUGUGUGCUCUUUUCUCUUUUCUGGAGGUGGGGGACCAGAUAUACGGUUGCCAAACCAACCAGUUAAUCUUCAUCAUUGAAGCUUUCUCUAAUAAAAUCAAACCAUACUGUUUGAACAUGGCGCCACCCGUAGCUCACCUUGUAAAACAUGUACGAUGUAUCAAGACUGUGUCCUUACCGCAGAAGCCUGGGUUCGAUUUCCGGCCCGGGCCCUUUGCUGCACAUCAUCCUCUUUCUCCCUCCCCUACUUUUCCUGUCCCUCUCCAGCUAUCACUAUCAUAAUGAAGCAGAAUAAUAAUCUAAAAAAGAAAACCCUUCCGAGAAAGCAUGAAUUUCAUCUUUGUGUGGCUUGUCCAAGGUUGUUUUCUAGCGUGGAAUGAGCUGAUUGUUGCCUCUUGUGCCUGUGAGGGAAAAACACCCAUUAUAACUGGUUCUCUCCCUGGUUGUUUUCUGUUCUCCGGCCUCAUGGGGCAGUAAUGAGCUCCUUAGUGCUUGGCACACCAGAAUGUGGUGAAGAAAACACUGCGUUCAAAAACUUACAUGGAUAAAAGGUGAAAUUUAUACUUUAUCUGAAGCACUUUCAAACUGUACUUAUCAAACUGUAUUUUUACAGGAGAAAAUACUUGAAGACCAACUGGUUGGUUUGGCAAAUGUUCAUCAGGGGAUGAGACGGUCCCAAACAGGGCUUCCCAUAAACCACAGUGGGUUUGGGUUUGUCAUGUUCUACCCAUUGAGCUACACUGUAGUAAACAUCAAACGUUGUCUUUUAAAGGUUCAUAUAUGCAGUGUGAAUGUCAACCAAAGAGAUAUGUGCAAAACUAUUGUUUCCUGGUUUGUUUUGAAUGGUACAAGUGAAAUGUUAACAAUUUCUCUGCCAUACUGUAUGUUGUUUUGUUUGGUACCAAUCAAUCACAAAAUCACAUCAGCUACAGUGAGUUUCUGCUUUCGCCUGACUGGAAUAAAAAUGGAAAUGUAA